AUGAAGAUGCCUGUUGCGCUGUUCUUUCUUCUGUAUCAAACAGCUUUCCACUGCACCGUUUCCGCAGAUCUCCUGUCGGAAUACGCUCAUCAUGCGGUUUUGGACACAGCAGAAAAAAUAAAACUCUUCUGGACCAUUGAUUGGGACGCUGAAAGCGUUUCUUUUGCCUUGGAGGCGGCCACCACAGGAUGGGUUGGAUUUGGGUUCUCUGGUCGCUCUGGGCAAAUGGUUGGCAGUGAUGUCGUGAUCGGAUGGGUCAAAGAUAACAAGGGAUAUCUUACGGUAAGUGAAAAUAAUCUGAAUUAAGAGCGAUCUGCAUUCAACGCCCUUUUGUAUCUCUGUUUGCCACCGGCAAUAAAUGAACAAGGGAUGCAUUCCGUGAACGUUAAGUUGCUAAGACAGCUUCGCUGAGUGCGAAGUCGUGGAAAAGUGAGAAUCUUGCUUCAAGAUCUCGAGCUCCGCGGUAUCUUUAGGAACACCUGUUUUCAAAUGAGUCCUGCUGUUUUCGUUUUCGUCAAUCGGAGAGAUUUGGUAUAAAAUAUUAUAUAACAUGUUUUUCAUUACAACCAAAGAUAAACAAACCCAAUCUUGUUAAUCCGCCUAGUUUUGCAACGACACCUACUAACAACAGCAACAAAAAAUUAAAUUCAGUGGAAGCUAGCCUGUAAACAUGGUCUGCAUUUGCAAAAUGAGGGUCUAAUAUACAUCGAGACAGUGAUUAAAAGUGUUAAAGUAUACGCCAAAAAAAACUAAACAAUAUUUUGAAUUAUUUUUAGUGUUUCUUUUAUUUACGCAAAAGUGUGCAAGGUUUAUUAUACUCGGUUUGAUUUGGUUGAGAGAUUUAAAAACGCACGUACCGGCCGUCAAGUGAUUUUAAUAGUAAGAUUCAUCUUUUGUUGAAAUAUGUCUUUUAAUUUGUUCAUAUUAAUUAAACGCGCUGGUAAAGCAAAGGAUGCGUUCCGUUGGCCUUAAUUGACUUUUACUUGACCAAACAAAACCUUUCCAGAAAAAACAAAGUUUCGCCUGGAACAUACUGUUUUUGUUAAUCUUCUACAUGUACGUUCUCAAGAUCUUAUUUGUCUUUGAGUUGGCUUGCGUUUUUGGUGACAAAAACCCUGUCUAUCGGAAUUUCCUGAUCAAGCCAUUUAGUUAUACUUUAUUAAGUAGAAUCGAUAACAACUGAUUGAACUGGUUGCCAUGUAAUCUGUGUAAUUAUAUUUGUACGCUAAUUAGUUUUAUUGCAAAACUGUUAAACAACUUUGAGUUAAUCUAUUGAAGAGGCGGAACAAAUUAGUAUCGUUAAUUAUUCCUACAUGAAGAUUUUUAAACGACAACUUGCGUAAUGUGCAAAAGUUGACCACUUGUACGUUUUGCAGUAACGAUAGUGUGAAUAAGGGACAUGUAUAAUACAUUCUUUGCAAUUUUUAUAUCUCUCUGACAAUUUUGUUUUCACUGCACACUAACUGGACUUACUCCUGGCAUAGUAAAUCGAACGUUCGAAAAUCGAACUCAAUCGAACUCAAUCGAACUCAACCCGUGGAUUGAGUUCGAUUGAGUUCGGCAAUCGAACGAAAUCGAACACCACACUUUCAGUGAGUUCGAUUUCCGAACAAAUCGAAUUCAAUCGAACAAAUCGAACUCAAUCGAACUCAAUCCGUCUGAUUGUGUUCGAUUGAGUUCGGAAACCGAACUCAAUCGAACACAAUUAAAUGGAUUUCGUUCGAUUGGCUCUGGUGAACCUAUACAAAGCCAGCUCAAAGCAAGCCCGUCAAAGCAAGUUUUUCUUGCGCUUUUUUUACUAUUUAUUCAAUAACACAAAUCCCAGUUAUAAACUGUCCACGGCAGUUAAGAGAACAGAACAGAACAAAAACAAAGCUAUCAUUAUUCCCGCGGGCGUAUUUCGAAAUUAUCGUACCCUUUCCUUUUUUUAGCUAACUUACAAUAGCGGCAAGACAACUCGAAGGAUUACUUUUAUGCAAAAAUACAAUCAAAUUACUAACCGCGACACAGGCUACGGCAUAAAGUAGAUGGAUGAUUAUGAAAAAUAUCUUACUAACGAUAUACAUGAUUCUCUCAAAUUCAUCUUGGACAAUUAACAGUGAACAAGAGAGUAAGAGGUGAACGAGCGUCAGUAUAUUGGACGUUUGGGAGCAUCUUACUGCCAUGAUAGAAACCCUGAAAACUUCGCCAUCCUUGACGUCAAAGCGGCAUUCCUGGUAGCCUUUGACUAUACAUUUGAAGCUUACGAUCCACAAUGCAUCUGAAGCCAUUUCUGCGGAAUUUCUUCGUUUACGAAAAACACGUGCGCUACACUCAGGGCUGAAGUAACUCGAGCUUCUAAGAUCUGGUAAUGGAUUUUCAACGUCUGUUUUACAUAAAUCACGAGUUCGAAAAUCGAACGUUCGAUUGGGUUCGAUUGAUUUUUUUCUUUUCGGUGAGUUCGAUUUCUUUCGAUUGCCGAACUCAAUCGAACUCAAUCCACCGAUUGAGUUCGAUUGAGUUCGAUUGAGUUCGAUUGAAAUUUAGUUCGAUUGGGUUCGAUUUACUAUGCCGGGACUUACUGUAAGUGAAUUUUAUACUCAAAGCUGAUUUUUGGAUUACGCCUUAACCUCUAGAGAAAAUAUGAUAAUAUUUCUUACAGCCAAUCGGGUUUUUACUGAUGUGGGACUAAAUUUCAAAUGAUUUCGAUUGGCACCUGUCAUGUCAAGUCAGGAUAAAAGGAGUUACAAUAGGCUUUUGUCAGAGAGAAAAGUUGAACUCAAGCUAGUGCGAGAUUAAGUUUUUUAACAACGCUGAAACUUUAGAAGAAAUACUGCUUGCUGAACUAUCAGUUGAAAGUACGUGUGUCUUUUCUGUGAAGUCGGCCCGGGAACUAAGUCCUUCAACUGGGUUCGGACUUUUCACAUUGGUGCACCCGAGCAAAAGUGGCGGAGCCGUUUCAAAUUUAUUUAGUUAUAACAGCAAACAAUGACAUGUACAGAGCAAACAGUGCGAAUUUAAUAAGAAAAAUAAAAAUGCUGAUAAAAAAACAUGAACAUGACCGGAGGGGGUCCCAUAUGAAAGUGACAGAGAUGCUAGCCGGCUCGCUUAUGAAUUACAGGUUUUGAUGCCCUGGGGUAUUCAGGACAGAAAGCCCGACAUUUUUACCCGUUAAGGUAUUUGGUGGUAUAAAGAAGUUAUGGAAAGUAAUUGAUUGUUUGAACCUAGUGUGUCAAUCCAUUCUGGGCGAUUUUGACCCUUAAGAAGAGUGCUACCCUGCGAAAAAAGCCGUUUUGCAUCGCUCCUCGCCGCUGGGGACGUUUCGUUUCGUUUCGUCGAUUUUUUGAAAGAGUGUUUUGUUCAUCUGCGUACAAGCUCCAGCAAAACUCAAAUGCUUCUUGCGGGAGAAGAAUAUAUUCCACAAAUAUCGACUGUUCCGUUACAGAUUCAUCGCGUUUAUAUUGACCUUUGAAACCUUUUGUCCUUUUUCUGUCAUUCGUAAACAAUAGCUAAAAGAAUUAUGUAACUACUCCGUCGUCCAAUCAGCUUUUAUGACCGGAUUCCGGACAGAUUUUACGUCACCAGUAUGGAAUUUCUUUGGCUGAGUCGCAGAUGUCGUCCUCGCGAAACGUCUCCAGCGGCGAGGAGCUAGAAGAAACGGCUGUUUUCGCAGGCUAGAAGGAUGCGUAAUCCCCUUUUACAUUACACAUGUAGGCGGAUUCAUCGUGACGUCAUUGUUUACAUUUUUGCUUAUCAGAAUAUGAGUUAACCCAUAGAAGAUGUGGCCGUAUAUACCAGUUAGAUGCAAAAAUUAAUAGAGCUGGUUAAGUUAUGCAUUUUGUGCAGGUUUCCGCUCUUUGCAAUCAGUAACAAAGAAAAUAGGAGCAAAUAAAAACUGCAAAAUUUCUGGGUGGCAAGAUGUUAAUGAGCGCAUGCAUACAUUAUUUGGGGUUUUUCAAAAAGAAUUUCUCCGAAACUGUUUGGUAUAUCGGGCUCAAAUUUUCAGAGAUAACCGAAAUCGUUAUGUUCUUUCAAUAUUCAGAAAUUUCAUGUUAUGAGCUUCAUUAGAUAAUGAUAAAACCUAUGCUAAUGAGGCAAGAAAAAUGUAAACAAGGAUUCGCCUAUACACACGCCUACGCGAUCCUAAAAUGACAAGGAAGAGGUGAAAUAAUGCGCUCUUUACCAGUUGUCGCUGUUUUUGCUUGUUUGUUUGUUUGUUUUUGUAGGCGGGGGUGGAGGGGAGGGUGAGGUCACGCCCGCGUAAGCGAUAAGUCCAAGGAAUGCUAAAAUUUAUGUUACUCUUUUUCGUUCUCUAUGUUAUCCCAUUUUAAUAGAAUUAGAAAACAUGUUAGUAAACUAAUGUACUCCAUCUCUUCCUCUUACCCCGUUGUUCCGAAGGAAAUAGUUAGCUAAUUGUUUUUCGACAGUUUCGAACAGAAGUCGAAGGUCAACUAAACUUGCUUAUCAUAGUUCGCAUGGUACCGUCGUUUGCUAACGUUAAGGUGUUGGUUUUGUUUCAUUCACCCCCUUUGACGUUCAUCGGGUUACUAUCGAGGUACCCGAAUUUAUACCUGACAAAAACCUGCCCUAUACCAGCCUGCUUGAAGAUAUUUGCUGUUUCCUUUCUGGAAACAUCAGACGUGUCCAGGCGUCUUCACACAGGUUAGCGCCGAAAGAAUCGAAAAUUUAUCAGUUACGAAUUUAAAUUACUUUCACAUGGUGAGGUGUACUUUUCUGACGUUAUGAUGCAUAUCUGUAAUUACUGUUAAUGGCAAAUUGCACUGAAAAUACCUUUUUUUGCAGGAUCGUUAUGCUGACGAAAAAGCAAUUCCUCCAAUCGACGAGCAGCAAGAUUAUAAACUUGAAGGUUUCCAAGAAAGCGACGGGAAAACUUUGCUGAAAUUUACGAGAAAAUUUGACACGUGCGAUCCACGUGACAGAAAACUUGAGGUAUGUGUUUUAUUUUUACGCAAUACUUUCAGUGGGGCGGGCAUUAUGUAUAGACUAGACCGUGGCUAGAAAUCAUCGGCCAGAUCACAAAGCACUGACACACUUCCGUCAUGUGUGCAAUUAACUGAAACAGUCUUUUUUGUUUGUCUGACAGACAUUUUAUGACAAUAUCUUUUUUCAAAAACGAAAACAUUAUAUUUUUUGUUGUCCCAGCAAAAUUUUUCAAUUUCUCUUGGGACUUACCAUCGCCCCAACGAAUUUCUUUACCCUGGUAAAAGUAAUAUAUAUGAAAAAGAACCUCGAUUUCACGAAACCUCGUUAUAGUGAACAAAUUUUGCCAGUCCCUUAUCCCUUCGCUAUAUCGAAGUUCCACUGUAUUCGGGGAGUCAGUAGAAGCUGUUGAUUGUCUAAUAUUAAUUUGCAUGUCUCGCUUGUUGUAGGUCGGUGCUACCAAAGUUGUGUUCGCGUAUCAUUCUGAAGACCCAGUAUCAACAACAGAUAUGAAACGUCACGCAUCCAGAGGUACUAGAACCAUCUUACUGCUGAACAGUAUGGAUAAAAGAAACAUAAACGAGGAUGGAUGGAAGAAGUUCACUUUGACUGCAAGAAAUGUAAGAAAUAGUCAAAAUGGCCGCUUUUGUUGAAUUACACGUUUGCAGCUGAGCUACUCCUCUUCCCGUUAUUUGGGUAUUCGAAAAUGCCACCAUAUCAACGUGUUUUAAGACACAAUAGGGCCAUUUAUACGUGGAAAAAUUAGACGCUUACUGUACCAUGUGGAUGUUUUACGUAAGACAAAAACAGCUCGUAUAAAUGGUUCGCGUCUUAUUUCUGUCCUGGACUCGUUUUGAGGUGAAUGUUGCCCAUAGCAAUGGCAACCUCAUUUUAAGUUUAUUUGUNUUAAGGCCGAUACACACGAAGGGUUUUGCUCCCCGAGCAUGCUCCAGGCUCACGUGUCAGUACACAUGAGGGAGCGUUUUCAAGUUCGCUCAAUUUGCCCCGGGAGCUUGCUCCCAAAUAUUUAACCUGUUAAAUAUCUUGGAGCAUUUUGCGGGGUGGAAAUUCUUUUGCCGAGGAUGAAGAAUACCCAUGAAAUCGUUGGUACACACGGAGGAGCUUUGCUCCAGGAGCGUUCCCCUGGAGCAUGCUCCGGGAGCAAAAUCCCUCGUGUGAAUCGGCCUUUAAUUUGCAUGUCUCGCUUGUUGUAGGUCGGUGCUACCAAAGUUGUGUUCGCGUAUCAUUCUGAAGACCCAGUAUCAACAACAGAUAUGAAACGUCACGAAUCCAGAGGCACUAGAACCAUCUUACUACUGAACAGUAUGGAUAAAAGAAACAUAAACGAGGAUGGAUGGAAGAAGUUCACUUUGACUGCAAGAAAUGUAAGAAAUAGUCAAAAUGGCCGCUUUUGAUGAAUUACACGUUUGCAGCUGAGCUACUCCUCUUCGCGUUAUUUGGGUAUUCGAAAAUGCCACCAUAUCAACGUGUUUUAAGGCACAAUAGGGCCAUUUAUACGUGGAAAAAUUAGACGCUUACUGUACCAUGUGGAUGUUUUACGUAAGACAAAAACAGCUCGUAUAAAUGGUUCGCGUUUUAUUUCUGUCCUGGACUCGUUUUGAGGUGAAUGUUGCUCAUAGCAAUGGCAACCUCAUUUUAAGUUUAUUUGUAAGUUUUAUUGUAAGUUUAUAAUACAAAGAUAAUUUAAUUGUUUAUUAAUUGUGAUUGCUAGCGCUUUAAAAAAGCUUCUUCUUACACCAGCAGCUGUAACACAUUUGUCGAGGGGGUCUGCAAUUUGUUUUUCUUUGCACAGCUACAAAAGGCUUUCGACAUUUCUAUUGUCUUUUGUCGGGGUGCUCAUAUGAUUUCUCGAGCGAAGAAACAAGUUGAAAGUCGUAGAUGGCAGCCCGAGGAGACGAAAACGCGUUGCAAUUUGCUAUAAACAUCUUUUUCUCUGCCAGUCCGCGGCGGGGCACGCGAAAAUUUUCUCGCCAAAAAUUAAAGCAUGCGUACGAUCCGUUCGCGUCUAAAUAAGACAAGAAGGUCAUUUAUACUAAGUUUUUCUCUUGUUAGCUCGUCUUUGCUAAAACGCGUCUGAUCUAAGAACAGGUAUUCAGGGCUGUUCUUAGCUAACAUAAGUUUGCGUCUUAUUUUUCCUCGUAUAAAUUGGCCCUAAUAUUAUUUGCUAAGGAUAACGCUGAUUUUUGUUUUGCAUAGCCGAAAAUACUGGCUUACUGAAGAACCUGAAGUCCUCAAGACUAUGCUAAAUGUUUUUCGUAGAAACUUAUUGUAAUAUUUAUUAUUAUUUUUUCUUAAGAUGACUAUUCCAGGAAACUAUUCAACUACCUACUGGUGUACUCUACUGAAAGGCCCAGAGCUGAAAUCAAAACACCACAUCACUAAGGUACUCGCUUAGCUGCAAAGUAUCAGUUCAUAUAAACAUACGGACUUUACCGGGGUGAAGGUUGGCCUGGCACCACGGCGAAGAGGAAGGUGGGUGGGUGGAAAGGGGGAGGGGGCAGUGGCGCAAAAACAACAACAACAGACGUGUCAUACGGAUAAUUCCUCCAGCCAGUCAUACAACAUGACGUAUAAAUCAACCUUGUUAGUUUCCAGUUACCCUCCUUCCUAAUGAGGUUGGUAGUCGGGACGAAAAUUGUUAUCUGUUGCAGUUGAAGUGCUGAAUGAUUUUUUUUUUACAGUUCUCUGGUGUAGAAUAUUGAUUUUAGUGGUUUGUUUAAGGUUGUUCCUUACAUUCAAAAAGGAAACGAAGGUUUCGUUCAUCACAUGAUCUUGUACGAAUGUGAUGGCAAUUUUACUGAGGAACACUUUGAUGAGGGAGUGGAUUGCGACAGUCGAGCCAAUAUGCCUUAUCAGAAGUGUAGACGUUAUUCAAUGGUCGCUGCUUGGGCUGUGGGAGGGCAGGUAAGAUCUCUAAAUUAACCUCUAGUAGACUAAUUUGUCCGUAACAGAAUAACGCCAUCGCUUGACCUCAGCCAUUGAUAGGUUGCUACCAUGAAGAAGUGUAUGAUGUAUUAAGCAGGAGCGGGGCGACCGUGGCUCCCGUUGUUCAAACGUUGGAUUGCGCUAUCCACCGAAUAAAUCAAGUAUUAUGGAAACGAAUUGCGCUAUCCAAUGGAUAGAGAUUUAUUCAGUGGGUUCCAUUCAGUCAACCUUUUGAGCAACUGUCGGGGUCUGUACGUCAGUACGGAAGUACGUAACUGAUUAAUGUCGAAUAUAUUUGAUAAAAACAGAAGGAUAGAGGUUAUCCUCCCCCGUAAUCUUUGGUAUUCACAAAGGAAAUUGGGAUUAUUAGUGUCGCUACUGGUUGCUUGCAAGUUUGUAGGAAAUCUUUGUACGGCUAUCGACAGCUGCUGAUCGACCACCGUCCAUCGAGGAAAACUUACAGUCAAACUACUAAAACGUCUAGCCAUGCUCCUAUAUUGACUUUUCAAGUGAAUUUAGAGCGGAUUCUCGAAAGGAAAAAGUUGGGUGACAAGCAAUCCGUGCGUCUUAUUAUCCGUUUUCUUCAUUCAACUCUCUGUUUUCCAUUCCUUUUGUUUCGAUCUUUUAGGCUUUUUACUAUCCGGAACACGUAGGUUUAGCGAUUGGAGCAAGCGACUCGCCCAAGUACUUCCUGCUAGAAACGCAUUAUGACAAUCCAAGUCUCACUAAAGGUUGGUCUAUAUUUCUAAUAAUUUUCUAUUUUCAUUAAAGCGUUGCCUUAGCUUUGCUCGUUCUUCCUAUACGUAUAACGUUAGCUUACGUGCAGUAAAAAAGAGGAGAUAAGGAGACUAAACCGUUGCCGCAGCACAAGAUUUGAUCUUGUUAACUUUAAGACAAUUUAUCUCGUUAAGUCUGGCUAAGCGUUCUUUUUGUAACUACUGAUGUGAAGUAUUUAAUUGGAAGAGUGGGUCGUUAUUUACUACAGGGGCUACCCAACGGAUCUCACUAGCCUCGCGACCCCUUAAAUAAUGAACGGCCCCCUAGUGACUUCUGCACAAAAAAGGUAACCAGUCACUCGUUAUAUACUUUGGAAUAUAAACGUAUGAAUAUAACCGAUCGAUGACCUCAUGAUGGUAAAUAUCAUCUUUAAUCAGGCGAAAAAGACAGCUCAGGUCUCACUUUCUACUACACCGACAAGUUGCGAAAAUAUGACGCCGGGAUUGCAGCUGUUGGUGUUGGAGUGAAUAGCUGGCACAUUAUUCCUCCUAGACAGAAGAACUGGCUUUCAGUUGGAUACUGCAUGCACCAGUGCACAGAGGUUAGUUUAAAAGGGGAUAUACAUGCAUACUGAUCGGUGUUAUUAUUAGAAGUCAAACGACGAACAGAAGUAACGUAUCAGGAACAGAUGCAGUUGAGGGACGUGCUAUGUUAUAAGGGCUAUCGAUCUUGAUGGGCCUAGUGAGUCCAGCAACGACCUGAGCUCUCGGAGUGACAGCAGCGAAAAAAAAAAGCAUUAAGGAGACACGAAAACAGUUGAGCAGUAGUACCAGGAACAGAAACAGAAAAAUGAAAGAACUGAAUAUUGGGCCAGUUAUUAAACGGAGUUUAUCCAGUGUUUUUAACAAAACCGCGUUCUACGCCAUUUUGAGCAUGUAUUGCCGAACGCUUUCAUGUAAACGCCAUUUUUCGUGAACAGUUUCAUGAAAGCAUAUGGCAUAGACUUGAAAAGCAUUUUUCUUCUUUAAAUAACGCACUGAGAAGAUAUCUGGUGGUCCGAAGAUUUCCUAAACCACGGUCUAAGUUCAACUUCGUUUAAAUAACCGACCUAAUGGGUUUUGGAAGCAGAUCAUCUGUGAUCUGGCACGAGGCUGGAUAAAAUGUAGGAGAGGUAUACUUUUCGUAUUCUGCAUUCACCUGGAAUGUAUAUGUGUCAUUUACUGUUUCAGUCUUUGUUCAAGAAUCAGGGAUUACCUGAAGGAGGAGGGAUCAACGUAUUUGCCGCCAUACUACACACCCACUUGGCAGGUAAUCUGCAGUUGAUUUAAUGCGUGCAUUUCUCAAAAUUGUUCACCCGAGCUAUUUUCUUAAUUAACAAUAUAUGUACACAACAUGAAACAAAACUUAACACAACCGCACUGUAUAGUGAGGACUUCAAUUUUCUUGGCAGUUAGGGCCUGUUUAUAUCAGAUGAGCCAGCCCGGCUGAGUCAGCCCGGGUAGCCGGUUUGCCUUAACCUAGACCUUCGCGUGGCUCGGACGGCAGUCCCGUCUUUAGCAAGACGCUUAAAUACAGUCUUAUAUUUUUUCGUGCUAAAUACAUUGACAAUUAAAGUGUUUUUUCUUCGUUAGGACGCGGUACGUGGACGAAACAUAUUCGCAACGGAAAAGAACUUCCCGAGAUUGCUCGGGAUAAUCAUUACGACUUUAAUUUUCAGGUAUAAGAUUUUACUGUAAAUAAAACUCUUUAGAUUUCCAUGAUAAUGAAAAUCAUAUAGUUAUGCUGAACGAUCAGGGGCGGAUCCAGGAUUUUUUUUAGGAGGGGGUGCACUCGUCUCUUGCUCUACUUCAACACCAAUAAACCACAUAGUUUUUUUCUUUGGCAGAAUACCAGUUGUAUUAGAAAACCGCAGGUCAUCUCAAGGGGGGGGGGGGGGUGCGCACCCCCUGCACCCUCCCCCUAGAUCCGCCCCUGACGAUUAAGAGUAGCCCAUAUUUUUUUCAGGACACACAAGUUUUCAGAAAAGAAAUCAACAUUCAGCCGGUGAGUAAUGAAAAACGAGAAACAAACCAAUUUGUGUUGUUUGCUGGUGUACAUAGGUUUACCGAUUCAUGUGCUUUCUCGAUUAAUCCUUGAACAUGGGGAUUACCUAUUCCCUUAAGCUGUGCCUUCUUAUUUCACGCGGCCUAUACGUUUCGGGUCACGUGGCCCGAGUGAGUUCCCCUGCCUUUCCUCUUGGCUUACGUCACCGAAAUGCAUUGACCAAACGACCGUACAAGGACUAGGCAGGGAUGAGGGUAGAUUUCUUAGUUAGCGAGGGUAGAUUUCGUAGUUAGCCCUCUCCUCUCAGGUUACUGAAAAUAACAACAACUAAGCCGAUUUAUUGUCGUUGAAGUAUAGUCAGAAAACAAAGGCGCGAUUCUGUCCAUCCUAGGUGUUGAUCCUUUUUUAAGUUUAGAAAUGCAACCAUUUGAUUUGUUUACAAUCUUGAUAGCUUAUGCUAAUAUUAGAACCUGCUAAAGUAGUUGCUUCCAUGUGGCUUCUUUUAUUUUCGUCGUGCUGUUAUUACGGGUUUGAUAAAGCUGGAAAAGAGCGAUGUUGUAUAAACCAAUCAAUUUAAAUGAUAACAUUAAGAAACAAAGUCUGUAUUCAACAGUUUUAAGAGGGUGAUUUUGAUUGAUCGCUUCUUAUACUGACAGGACCUUUAAAUUUCAACUCUGUAUAUUUUUUAGGGAGAUGACCUUGUUCACUACUGUAAAUACGAUUCCAUGGACAGAAAUCAACUGAUCCAGGUGAGUAUUUGCAGU